AUGUCCUUCUCCACGCGAGCGUCCCCGGGCACUCUAGCCCUAAAAGCCUCGUACCUAUUUUUCAAAGCCAUCGGUUUGAUUCCGGCUAGACUGCGGCAUCUCAGUCCCAAAAAAGGUCGCCCAACAUUCGUGUACUCCCGAGGGGGAACCCUCCGCAAUUCAGUGCUGAUAGUGUCCUUCGCUGUCUUGAGCUGCUUCUCAGUUCACGCGAUGAACAAAGCAGACUACCCGAACAAAUCGCCGACCACUGAGGCCAUUGAAGUAUUCAAAGCAGCCUUGGGGUCGAUUCUCGUACUGAUAGUGUGGACAUGGGUUUGCGUUCAUCAGAGAGAAGCUAUCAAAGUAGCAAACGAUUUCUUGGCAAUCGACUCUGUCAUGAGAAGCUACAGCAAUCUCUACAGCCCUAAAACAGUAACCCAACGGUUCGUGUUGGUCUGGGUCUUCAACACCCUCAUCUGGAUCAACAUGUUUUGGUCGGAUUACAUGGUAUUUGAUCAUGUGCCAGUGAUAGCGUUCAUCUCGUCUGUCGGACCGAACUUCAUCUUCAAUUGGUUCCUACUCAUGUACACCUUCAGCAUCAUAUACCUGAGGAUGAAGGUCCAGGCAGUGAAUGACGGGAUCCUCCGCUUGUCUGCGGAUUCAGUCAGCCGAAUAUCCGCUUCUCCCGGAAAUUUCGAUGACAGGUUCUUCAUGAAGGCUUUUUUCGCGCUGAAAGGAACUCAUAUGAGGCUUCACGAAGUCAUCAGUGAAAUGGACAAGUUCUACUCUUUUCCGAUUCUACUGGUCAUCGCGGAAAUGUGCGCAUCGAUCGUCUAUACGGCGUACUACUUGAUGGUGCCAAUAUUCUUGCCGUCUGUGAAGCAAGCUGAGAUCAUGAUAUUCAACUCGGUGUGCUAUCUUUCUAUGGAGGUCUUUCCAAUUACCAUUAUGACGAUUAGCAUUGGUCAAAUCGUGCAGGAGCUCGGGCGAACUGCGGAUGCGGUUCAUAAAUGUCUAUCUCGGGUUCGUUUAAGUCGCAAAGCGAAGGCUGAGUUGAGGUUGUUUUCCCUGGAACUACUCCAUCAAAAUGUUCAAUUCACAGCUUGCGGAAUCUUCGCGCUAGACGGCACUCUUCUACAUUCAAUUUGCGGGAUGACUGCCACGUACCUGAUAAUCCUCAUCCAAUUUCAGCCAACCGCACGUCCUUCAGAAGAAAAUCCAAACCUCCAAUAG